CUGUGCCGUCCAAGGUUGAGCAAGAAGCAGCUUCUCAUCUCCUUGCUUUCUCUACCUUCGUACAGGCCAAAACAUCGCAACUCACAGGAAUAUCUUGAGGGCCUUCGCGAGUCGGCAUCAGUCUAACUUACAUCGUCGAAACCAUGUCCUCAAGUCAAAGAACCAGAGAGUUCAUAGAGAGUUCUUGGCGCCGAAAUUCGAACUACGAGAUCGGACAAGGAAGGUAUAAUAGGAGAGCAACAAACUCAAGAGCACUCGGGAGCCAGUACGCCGGUAGAAUUUCAGAUCCAGAUCUCAGCAGGCAUGAUAUUCUAGACGUUUCCAUAACAAUUCAAGAGGAGCUGGACGCUCACCUACCCUCUUUCCGAAAGGCGCUUGCAGAGGAAGUGCACUCUUCCUUAGAGAAGUAUACUCUGACAGCUCAUUCCGCACCUAGCACGGAUAUACUACCCCCAGAGGAUGUGGCGAGAUUAGCGUCUCAAGACGCUCAGAUUGCCAGACUCGAAAAAGAUCUUGAAAAGUUGAAAUCGGAAAAUCUAGCUCUAGGGGAAGAUCUCCAGAAAGCUACCAGCGAGAAGAAUGCCAUUGCGGGGAGAUUUCGUAUAAGCGAUAGUAAGGUUAGAAGGCUGCAAAGUGUGAUUCUCGAGAACGGACUUGGACCGUCGGGCCUCGAUGACGAAGACAUUCAGAGACGGUUUCAGAGGCUCCGAUUUGACAUCUUGCAACUAGUCAAAAAAUAUUGCGUAAAUCGAAAUGCUCACGUCAAGGAUCCAAGGUAUUCUCGCUUGAGUGACGAGGCGAAAGACUUCUGGGUGAUGAAAAUGAUCGCCCGAGGUCUCCACAAGCACUGCUUCAACGAGAAGACGUAUUUCGGAUUUGAUGCGGACACAGACGCUUACUUGAAUCGAUUCUAUCGCAAUUUGUAUAGCCAUAAAUCGGUCUCUUUAGAAGACGUGGCGGAAUGGCGCGUUCGCACUUGCCUUAUUGGAAAGUCUUGGGAUACCCAGGGCCUUCAACGGCAGGCUCGAAUCGAAGGAAUUAUAACGGUCAUCGCGAAUAAGCUCACUCCGUUUAUGCCAAGCGGGUGGCUUCCCAGUCUGGACAAAAACAAUGCCUCCAAAGACGUGAAAGCUUCGCUCCUUCCAAUCUGUGAAAGCGCACUCAAUCUGGCUAUCAUGUUUAGCAGCAGCAAGACUGAGUAUGAAUGGGCUCAAGGGGGUGACUUGCUGCUUGAUCCGAGCCACGUCCAAGUCAUCGGCACUGCCGGCUACAAGUCUUUCGUCGACUCUCGAGAGGACUAUGUCGUAGCUUUUGGUGGUGUUCUGAAGGGUAGCGGUUUACAGGGAAGAUUAGAUGACAACCCGGUACAUUUGUCUGACACAGAAGUCAUCUUAGGCCCUUUCCCUUAGUGUUAAGCAGGAAGAUGGGGCUGACAUCACGUAAUGGGAUACUACUUAUCACCUUAUCAGCAAGCUAGGCUCGUGGGUUUUUAUCAAGUUUGUCUCCACUUGUUAUUAUUCUACACGAUUCAAGUUACUCUAG